AUGGAUCACGCUGCAGAAGAUAGUGAAACCUUCGCUUUUCAAGCUGAAAUAGCUCAAUUGAUGUCGUUAAUCAUCAAUACUUUCUACUCGAACAAAGAAAUUUUCUUACGUGAGUUGAUUUCAAAUGCCUCGGAUGCAUUGGACAAAAUCCGUUAUGAAUCACUUACUGAUUCAACCAAACUCGACAGUGGAAAAGAAUUGUACAUUAAAAUUGUACCCAACAAAGCCGACAAUACUUUGACAAUGAUCGAUACUGGUAUCGGUAUGACAAAAGCUGAUCUUGUCAACAACUUGGGUACCAUUGCUCGAUCAGGUACUCGUGCUUUCAUGGAAGCCCUCCAAGCUGGUGCCGAUAUUUCCAUGAUUGGUCAAUUCGGUGUUGGUUUCUACUCGUGUUACUUAGUUGCUGACCGAGUAGUUGUCACCUCGAAGAACAACGAUGAUGAACAAUAUGUUUGGGAAUCAAGUGCUGGUGGUUCAUUUACCAUUCGACGAGAUACCACUGGUGAACCACUUGGUCGUGGCACCAAGAUUGUUAUGUAUCUCAAAGAAGAUCAAACCGAAUAUCUUGAAGAGAAACGCAUCAAGGAAGUGAUCAAGAAACAUUCGCAAUUCAUCGGCUAUCCAAUCAAAUUACUUGUCGAGAAAGAGCGCGACAAGGAAAUUUCCGAUGACGAAGCUGAAGACGAAAAAAAACCAAGCAAAGAUGAAGACGACAGCAAGAAAGAUGCAGCUAAAAUCGAAGAAGUUGAAGAUGAAGACGAUGAUGAUAAGAAAAAAGCAACAGACAAGAAGAAGAAGAAAAUCAAAGAAAAAUACACCGACGAAGAAGAACUUAACAAACAAAAACCCAUCUGGACUCGUAAUCCCGAAGAUAUCUCUACUGAAGAAUACGCCGAAUUCUACAAACAAUUAACCAACGAUUGGGAAGACCAUCUUGCUGUCAAACACUUCAGCGUCGAAGGUCAAUUGGAAUUCCGCGCCCUUUUGUUCAUUCCCAAACGUGCACCAUUCGACUUAUUCGAAAACCGCAAAACCAAAAACUCGAUCAAAUUAUAUGUUCGCCGAGUAUUCAUCAUGGAGAACUGCGAAGAACUCAUGCCAGAAUAUUUGAAUUUUAUCAAAGGUGUUGUCGAUUCCGAAGAUUUGCCAUUGAACAUUUCUCGAGAAACAUUACAACAGAACAAAAUUCUCAAAGUCAUCCGCAAAAAUCUCGUGAAAAAAUGCAUUGAAUUAAUCGACGAAUUAACUGAAGACAAAGAAUCAUUCAAGAAAUUCUACGAACAAUUCUCGCGCAACUUGAAGCUCGGUAUCCACGAAGAUUCAAACAAUCGAGCGAAAUUAGCUUCAUAUUUACGUUAUCACUCAUCGACAUCAGGUGAUGAACUCACAUCGUUGAAAGAUUACAUUUCACGUAUGAAAGAAAAUCAAAAGGAUAUUUAUUAUAUCACUGGUGAAUCACGACAAGUUGUUGAACAAUCGGCCUUUGUUGAACGUGUUCGUAAACGUGGUUUUGAAAUCAUUUACAUGAUUGAACCAAUUGAUGAAUAUUGUGUUCAACAAUUGAAAGAAUUCGAUGGCAAGAAACUCGUUUCAGUCACCAAGGAAGGUUUGGAAUUACCUGAAGACGAAAAUGAAAAGAAGAAACAUGAAGAGGACAAAGAAAAAUACGAAACACUUUGUAAAGUUAUGAAAGACAUCUUGGACAAGAAAGUCGAGAAAGUUCUCAUCAGCAACCGACUUGUCUCCUCGCCAUGUUGUAUUGUUACAUCCCAAUACGGUUGGUCAGCUACCAUGGAACGUAUCAUGAAAGCCCAAGCUCUACGUGAUGCAUCAACUAUGGGCUAUAUGGCUGCUAAGAAACAUUUGGAGAUCAAUCCUGAUCAUUCAAUCAUCAAGACGCUAAAGUCAAAGGUUGAUCAAGACAAAAAUGAUAAAUCAGUCAAAGACUUGGUUACAUUAUUAUACGAAACAUCACUUUUGGCAAGUGGUUUCGGUCUUGAAUUACCUCAACAACAUGCUGACCGUAUAUUCCGUAUGAUCAAACUCGGCUUAGGUAUCGAUGACGAUGAUUCAAUGGAAGAAGGUCAAGGUGCAACUGGUGAAUCAGGUUCAGAUAUGCCACCACUUGAAAAUGCCGAUACAGCUGCCGUUUCAGCUGAAGCAUCACGCAUGGAAGAAGUUGAUUAA